AACUUCGUUCCAAGUAAAAAAAUUUUUUAUUUCAUUGAACAAAUCGGCAAUUACUUAGUUUCCAACCCAAUAGUUCCGUGCUUGAUGCGGAUAGAAUAGACGACACUCCUGCGAAAUAAAGCGAAAUUUUCACUAUUUUCUUCGAAUAUUCUAUGUUCGGUACAAUAAAACAAAAACAGGUGUGAACCGAGGGCGACCGAUCUUUUUUUUUCGAUCCACGAUGUGUCAUUCAGUCCCGCGCUUGACUUCAACGAUGUUGGCGUUGUAAUAUUCCUCGACAAUCCUCGAUCAUCCAAUGUUGGCUGGCUUAUAUCGUCGGCAAGCGUCCUAAAAAUUUCCCGUGUCUCCCGAUACUUCGAUGCGGUUGCAGGCAAUAACAUGUCUUCGCCCCUAACCUGUAAGAAGCGAGCAAACAGCGUUAGUUUCACAAAGAUGAUCGACGCGAAUCAAAUCAGCAAUAAAGUGAACAGCGUGCACAGAGAAUCCGAUACAGCAUUAUUCCGCGGAUCCAAUAAAACGUUGUCGCUGGCGAACUCGGCGUCGGUGUACCUGUUGAACGCGUUGGACGUUCUGCUUUUGAUCAUCGUCGCGCCGUACAUGUUCUGGCAAUGCGCCACCGCAAACGAUCGCGUGAAAAUCAUCGCUCGCGCUGUCCUGGAAGUCGCGUUGGAAUUGCUGAUGUGGAUGAUCUUCGCCGGUGUGUCCGUAUUGAUGACUGCCGCUUUCCUGCUUGAGAACACCUAUCUGGGCAAAAGCGACUCGGAUAGAGCACAACCGAUCGAUAUAAAAUUCGUGAACCCGAGAAACUCGAGGAUACCGGACUCCCAUGAUUUCUCCACGCGACCGGAGGAACCAAGGAAUCCCGAUUAGUCGACUUCGGACGUUUUUACAACAGUCUCUGGUGCUUUUUGUAAAUCGAAUGUAUCCCUGAAACGUCGAUCAGAAGAACUAUAAAGGAAGAUAAACGCUCCGCAAACAACAUGUGAUUUUAAAAACGAAACGACACGGUUCAAAGAAA